GACUUCAGCGCGACGUCGUCGCGUACAACGCAGCCAUCAGCUCGUGUGAGAAGUGCGGCCAAUGGCAUGUUGCCUUGGCCGUACUGGCGAAGAUGCGAGCCUCGAUGGUCGCACCGGACAUUAUUACCUACGCAGCAGCAAUCAGCGCCUGCGAGAAUGCGGAACAGUGGGAGGAGGCACUGGUGCUCCUGGGGCAGCUGCAUAGCUUUCGGCUCUCAGCGAACCUGAUCACGUACAGCGCAGCCAUCAGUGCAUGCGAAAAGGGUGCCAAGUGGCAGCUGGCCUUGGCACUUUUUCACCAGAUGCGCUCACAGCUGCUACUGCCCGACCUGAUUGUGUUCAAUGCCACCAUCCUGUCCUGCGCGAGUGCAGGGCUCUGGCAGCCCACACUGGUCCUUCUCACGGAGCUGCGCCGGCAGAUGCUGCCUCCCGGUGUCCAAUGCUUCAGCGCAAUCACAGGUGCUUGUACGAAGGGGCGUCAGAUGGCACGUGCCUGUGAUGUGGCGCUGGCCGUCGAACAGACCACUCUGCGCCUUCUGCGGGGCGUUCGGGCCACUUUUGUACAGCUAAAGCUGGCGUAUUUUGCCCUUGCAAAGUUGCUGGAGGCGCAAAGAGCCGAGUUCUGGACGAUGCCGCCGCAGCAAGGAGGCAAGGGCCGCAAGGGCAAGGGUGCCAGAAGCUCAGGGGAGCGGGGUCAUGUCGCUUUGCCUGGUUUCCAGUUCCAGUGUGGACUCAUGUGGACUCCGAUUGAGGCUGGUGGAACACUAGUGAACUGCUCAGACUGGGAGGACGACCGGAUCCAGCUACGGAGGGCAGAAGCCAGCGAAGCAGUUGAGCGACGUGACGCGUUCGCAGUGAAGGCUUCAAGAUACGUGCCAUGGAAUAUAAACCUUCAUGGGGCGAUGGAUCCUCUACAUCUCAUGGAGUUGAAAGGUGAGGUGUUCGAAAGUUGCGAGAUCUAUCCGGAUGUCGUCGAGUUCUGUCCAUGCGGAGACGAAGCUUGCCUUGCCUGGGGAACGUAUGAGCACGUGGAGGAAACCAAUCAGCGCAAGGGAGCGCUUGUUUUUGCAAGCAUCGAACAAUGUGACCAGUCGCACCAGUAUUCGCUUCUUCGCACACAGGUUAUAGAAAGUCCUGGUGUGUACGACAUCGCCUGGGGCCCUGACGGCAGUGUUCUAGCGACUGCUUGCGCGGAUGGAUGUGUGAGGCUCUGUUCCCAAAGUCGCGGGGUGUUGCACGAGGCUUCCAACGUAUCCGAGCAGAUAUUGACGCACCUUUGUUUUGGAGCUGGUGGAGAUGGACUGGCUGCAGUGGGCCAGGAUGGUAAAUGCUACCAUUUGAAGCUGGAUGCAUCGGGCUUCCAGAAGCUGGCAGAGAAGCAGCAGCACGAUCUGGAAGCGUGGUGUGUUGACGUGUCUCCUGCAGAGCCUGAUCUGGUUCUGUCUGGUGCAGAUGAUGGUCAUGUAGCCGUUUGGGAUGUCAGAGAACCAGACGCGCCUGCCCUUCGCAAUCGCCGAAGUCACGAGGCUGGUGUGACGGCUUUGGCUUUCAAUCCCUUCAACCCGUUGCAAGUGGCAUCUGGCAGUUAUGACGAAAGGCUCCGGCUCUUCGAUCUGCGAAAGCUGACGGCAGAACCUGUGGCAAAGACAGGUCGACUCGGUGACGGAGCGUACCAAAUCGCAUGGCAUCCUCGGUGGCGCGGCAUUCUGGCCGUCGCUGCAAUGCGUUGUGGCUUCCCUUUGUUCCGUCUGGAUGAUGCAGGCUUUGAGUGUCUGACUGCCUACGCCGCAGAUGCGCCAGAAGGAACGCAUGGCUCAUUGGGCUAUGGGAUUUCCUGGCAAUUUGCAGCUUCUUCGGAGACUUCUUUGGCGGCUUCAGCAUCGUUCUACGACCGCAGUGUGCACCUGUGGACAGUACGGCAGGGAUUCGAUACCUUCGACACGGCUGCGGUUAGCAAGCAGGUCACUGCUCUUGUCGGUGGUGAGCAGGAUGUGACCAUGAUCGGACGCGCCAGAUUCAAUGCGCAAGAGACCGCCGAUUGGAUCUCAUCGAGAUACCAGGCUGUUAUGGAAGACUACGAAAAGCAGAAGUCAGGCAACAAGUCCAUUCAUCACUUCUCCGACCUGACCCCUGUCAAUGCAUGGGGAAGUGGAGCCAAGCCAGUGGCUGUCCUCAGAGUGUUGCCAGGAAAAGAGGACUUUCUGCAGCAGUUACAGACGGCUCUCCUCCACUUUCAGCGCGCGCGACAAGGGGAGGAAGCUAAUGCAAUUGUGGACGUGUACAACAGUGGCCUGUCCGAGCGUGCUAGCGUGCUGAAGAGGUCGACUAAAUCGUGGAUCCCUUUCGCGCCGACCCCGAGGUGGAUACAGCUGCCUGACAAUUUGAACUCGGUGUUUGCACUUCCACUGCGCCAGCCGGUCAUGUCGAGUGGGGUGCCCUACAUCGGGAGCAAGAUCAGCUUGAUUACCACCUCGGAUAUGCGAUACGAAGGGUUUCUUCGGACGCUGAACCGGGAGGAAUCAACCAUCGCUGUAGAAAGCGUCAGAUCCUUCGGCACCGAAGGUAGAGCAGACCAGACCAGAGGGCAGUCAGAGAUCCCGGUGUCUAACGAAAUCUACGACUUCAUCGUCUUCCGAGGCAAGGACCUCAAGGAUUUGACGGUGCUCCAGGGCAUUCCGGAGAAUGCGCCGCAGCCGCAGCCGGCACCGGCGACAAGGCCGCCAGCGCAAAGUCCUCACAUGCAGGGCAGCUACGGCCAGCAUUUGAACAAGAAAAACAUCGAGUAUGAUACGGGCCCCGGCAUGUAUCAUCCCUCGCAGAUGGCUCCAUCUGGGCCGAUGGGCGAAGGCCCCUCGGGUGGAUUCGGCUCCAGUGGUUACCAGCGGCAUUCGCCCCCUGCCGUCUCGAGGAAUGGCUACGGCCCGCCACCUUCCAGCUGUGGUGGUGCAGGCGUUGGGCACAUGGGCGACAGCCUGGGUGGCAGCUAUUUGAGCAGCACCGGCAGCCGGCCCCCUUCGGAGAAGUCCGGCUAUGCACAGGUUCGCAUCGAGGCGCCGUCCAGAACGCCGCCUUCGUACCAUGAUGGGCCGCAUGGGCCGCCGCCUUCUUAUGUCGAGCGGCCUGCACCCUCUCAGUACGAG